AGCUCAUUCUCAUCGAUUUCUGUCUAUAGACUCUCGUCUUGGAAUAAAAGGAAAACACGUUAUUGUCUUUCUUCCUUGCAGCCUUUUUGAAAGCCAAGAUGAGCAACACUCCAGCUGAGAAGUUCGCGUUGGAAUUGGUCAAACUAUUUCACAAAUACACCAGAGAAGAUGAUAAGAUACACAAGUCAAACCUGCUGAAGAUGAUGAAGGAGAACUUCCCCAACUUCCUCAGUGCCUGCGAAAGAAAGGGCAAAGAUUACUUGGCCAAUAUCUUUGAGAAAAAGGACAAGAAUGAGGAUAACAGGAUUGAUUUUUCCGAGUUUCUCUCCUUAUUGGGGGACGUAACUAAUGACUACCACGAAUGGAGCCACAGUGCGCUGCCCUGUUCUGGGGGAAGCCAGUGA